AUUAGUUUGACGUUCCCUGAGGAGGUGGACGCGCAGUACGUGCUGCAGACGCUCGAGGUCGACGACGAGCUCCAGCCUGACAAAAUCCACCGCACGCUGACCGUGAAGGGCGCAGAGCUUCACGUCCACUUCGAGGCCACGGAAAUCAGACUGCUUCGCGCCGCCGUGUCUUCAUUCUACGACAUGGGCGUGCUGGCCGCCAGGACGCUCCUCGAGUUCAAGGAGUGA